GAACUCUUCAAAGGCUCCAUCCAAUCCGAUAAUUGAAACUGGUUGAGCUGAAUUCACUCCCUCGCAGUCACACACGUUCCGACCAACUGAAGCGAGCUUCCGGGCAUGGCGGAAAAUCGGAACCCGCUGCUGCUUCCGGAGAAGAAGGAUCUCCAGGAGAGCUGCCCAGGGUGCAAGGUCGAUCGCCUCAAGGAAGAGCAGAGAGGGAUCCCCUACAAGAACUUGUCCUAUAUUUGGCUCGUGACACUCUGCAACGCUAUGUCGAUAUCGUCUCUGUUCCCGUUCAUUUACUUCAUGAUUAGAGAUUUUCAUGUUGCAAAAAGGGAGGAAGAUAUCGGGUUUUAUGCUGGAUUUGUGGGAUCUUCUUAUAUGGUCGGUAGAGGCCUUACAUCCGUGUUUUGGGGAAUGCUGGCAGACCGAUAUGGUCGGAAACCAGUCAUUUUGAUUGGGACAUUCUCAGUUGCAAUCCUCAACGUUCUCUUUGGGCUAAGCACGAACCUCUGGAUGGCAAUUGUUACUCGGUUUCUUCUUGGAUGCUUCAAUUGUCUACUUGGCACAGUAAGGGCAUAUGCUACGGAAAUUUGUAAAGACGAACAUCGAGCUCUGGCACUAUCAGUUGUCAGCACGUCCCGAGGCUUAGGACUAAUUAUUGGUCCUGCUAUUGGAGGUUUCUUUGCCGCGCCUGCAGAAAAAUACCCAACCAUAUUCGCAAAAAGCUCUAUAUUUGGGAGGUUCCCGUACUUCUUACCAUGCCUUUUACUAUCCACAUAUGCUUUCGGAGUAUUUAUUUGUUGCUGGUGGCUGCCGGAAACCUUGCACAUGCACAACUUGGAAAAGAAGAAACCCGACUCAAGGGAUCUGGAAAUUUCUUGCGGUGUAUAUGAUGGAACCGGGAACAUAACUGAAGUUGAUAGGCACAAAUCGUCUUCCAAAGCUAGUUUAUGGAAGAAUUGGCCUCUAAUGUCCACCGUCAUCGUAUAUUGUGUUUUCUCACUUCAGGAGAUAGCUUAUACAGAGGUAUUCUCACUGUGGGCAGUUAGUGACAAGAAGUACGGCGGACUAAGCUUUUCAUCGGAAGAAGUCGGUGAAGUUCUGGCAAUCUCAGGGCUUGGUCUUCUGCUAUUUCAACUUCUGCUGUAUCCACCAGUGGAGAAAAUUCUCGGGCCGAUCAGGAGCACUCGGCUUUCAGCUGCUAUAUCUAUUCCAUUCCUUGCAAGCUACCCUUACACAGCUAUGCUGUCAGGAUUGACCCUUCAUAUAGUAUUAAACCUUGCAACCAUGAUAAGGAAUGCUCUUUCCCAACUCCUUUUGAAGGUUUCUGUUAUCACUGGAAUAUUUAUAUUACUCAACAAUGCCGUGCCUCAACACCAAAGGGCAGCUGCUAAUGGAUUUUCAAUGACUGCAAUGUCUAUAACCAAAGCAUUUGGCCCCGCCAGCGCAGGUGCCCUCUUUUCUUGGGCACAGAAGCGACAAGUCGCCUCCUUUCUGCCUGGUGACCAGAUGGUGUUUUUUGUACUGAACUUGAUCCAGCUACUGGGUUUGGUCUUGACCUUCAAGCCUUUUCUCGCACUCCCCGGAGAAUGAAGAACGGAUCAUGAGGUCAUUGUUUAAACAAAAAGUCAAUGCUGAAGCGAGGCGCGAACCUUGUGGGCCGACUGCAACUCAAGACCUAAAGAGAGCAGGACACAAGGUUCUCUUCUUGGUCGGGACGUAGAUCAUUUUAGCUAUAACUCGUGAUCGAGAUGAACAUCAUGUUAUAUAAUUAGCGAAGCAUAUGGUAUAAGCCGAUUGGCCACCCGAUUCGAUGGGUAAACAUAGCCAACUGUUAUUCCAGACGAGUAAGAAUAUAAAUGCAUACAUAUGUUAUAUUUA